AUGUCUUUAAACGUUUACACCACCACAGAGAAUGGACGGUGGGAGUGGAGCUUUUACAUUGAACUCGACAUGCCCUUCUGGAGAGGGCGGGUAGAGAGGAUGAGCUGGACACAUUUCUUGGAGAGCGAUCAGAGUGGGAGAACGCAAUGCGUAGCUCGACUCAACCGUAACACCAGAUCCGAAUCCAAACUACACAAGAUCGCGACUAUUGAGGAAGGAGAUGUGCCAUGGGUUCAUGAAAUCUGUCUUGCAGCGAGUGUGCAACUACGGGAACAGGUCGGCUUUGCAAACCGCGACGGUCCCGUGAUGCCUACGCAUUUGACGCACAUGCAAAGGCAGUGGUGGUUGUCGGUGUGGAAGAUGGCCCUCGAAAAGGGGAUUUUUACGCCUGACUCCGUACCUUGCAGUCCACCUCUCUCUGAAGGGUAA